CGCUCUCAUUAUUAUAAUACCAAAGAGAAAACAUCUGAGAUAAGGAUGGGAAGGAAGAGUAAGAGACGCGUACUGCAGGAAGCACAGGCAGGAGUAGCUAGAGCGUCCAAAAGAAGAACAGCAGGCGAUGAUGUGGCCGAGUCAAGUGCCUUUGUUACUGGAUGCCUUGAAAGAGGACGUACUUUUGAAGAUGACGAGGUGGGGGAUAUGCCAUCAAACAUAUGGGUCAAAGAAGAGUUAUCCAGAAAAGAUAUAUCGGAUGAAUCGUUUAUGGAGCACCCAAGACUAAUACAGAACUUCAAUGUGAAGGCUGAAAUCGAUGAAGACUUUGAUGAUACUGAAAAUAAAUUAGAAAUAAAAGAUGAACCAAUAGAGUAUCAUGACUCGGAAUACAGUAUCAGAUUUGAAGAAAGUGUUGGCAGAGUUGAGGAUUCAAAAGACUUCAUAAGUGUUUCAAACCUUUGUCAGGCAAGUAUCUAAAUACGGCUAAAAUGAUAUAAACAUUUAUGACCCUGUUAUCAGGUAAGUCUUAUGUAUCUCAGAUUCAAAGAUUCUAAGUCCUCAACAGGAUCGCAG